GGUUUCUCUGUGGAUUUGGAGGCUGUCCUGGAAUGAGCUCUCGUAGACUAGGCUGGCCACCACUCACAAAUCUUCCUGCCUCUGCCUCCCGAGUGCUGAGAUUAAAUUGUGUGCCACUGUCUCCCUGACUUUUGAAACCCCAUAUUCUGUAGCUCUCUUAGAAAGACUGAGAGCAAGGGUGGCCAGGCCUGAAAGCUUUUCGAGGACUCCCUUUUUUAAACUAGGAAUCGCGGUGAUGAAGUUCAGGAACCCCCCAGUGAACUCCCUCAGCUUGGAGUUUCUGACAGAGUUUGUCAUCAGCCUGGAAAAGCUAGAAAAUGAGAAGACCUUCCGUGGUGUCAUCCUCACUUCGGACCUCCCGGGUAUUUUCUCAGCUGGCCUGGACUUGAGGGAGAUGUAUGGCAGGAACCCAGCCCAUUACGCUGAGUUCUGGAAGGCUGUGCAGGAGCUGUGGCUGAGGCUCUACAUGUCCAAGCUGAUGUUAGUGUCUGCCAUCAAUGGUGCCUCUCCUGCUGGAGGCUGUCUCAUAGCUCUUACCUCUGACUACAGGAUUAUGGCUGACAACCCCAAGUACAUCAUAGGACUGAAUGAGAGCCUGCUUGGCAUUAUUGCCCCCUUCUGGUUAAAAGACACCUUUGUGAACACCAUUGGACACCGAGCAGCAGAGCGUGCCCUUCAGCUGGGGAUGCUCUUCCCACCAGCAGAGGCCCUCAAGGUGGGUGUGGUGGAUGAGGUGGUGCCGGAGGACCAGAUACACAGCAAGGCUCGCUCAGUGAUGGCCCAGUGGUUGGCCCUGGAGCAAGUAGCCAGUCUCUACAUGCAUGAGAAAGAAUCUACUGAUGUGGAAAAUGUGGCCAACCAUUCUCGGCAGCUGACCAAGAGCAUGAUGCGAAAGGCCACUGCAGACAAACUGAUCAAGCAGCGAGAGGCAGACAUCCAGAAUGUAGUCAGCUUCAUCUCUCAAGACUCCAUCCAGAAGUCUCUGCAUGUGUACUUGAAAAAGCUCAAGCAAAAGAGAGGCUGA